AUGGCUCCGAGGUUGAAUCAGAUGUUUAGUCUUGCUUUAGUUGCAGGUGUUGGUGUGUAUACUGGGGUUAAGUUUUUCGAACCAAUGGUGAUCGAACAACUAGAAAAGGAUGGAAAUUUAAGGAAGGAUAUUGCUGUCCCUAAGUAUGAUAGUGAAGGGGAACUUGUUGGCCCUGACGGACUAACUGAUUCUCAAAGAUGGGAAGUGGUUAGAAAAGAGAACAAUCUACCCUCUCUAGCUGAUAUAACUAAAAGGGAAGAAAAGAACAGUACUAAUCCUGAUGAUAAGAAAGCAGCUUGA